GAGAAUGUACAGACCCUGGGCCAGCCCACCUCAGCUCCGUGUCCUCUCUCUCGCAGCCCGGUGUCCAUACAGAUCUGACCGUGGAUCAGCCGUGCGCAGGCUCCCGGGCUCCACCAGCUGGGACCUAAACCAGAGGAAACCGUGUAGAGCCAGGUCCACACGCCAAGACACAUCCACAGCAGCGCUGCGAGGAGAGGAGCUGUGAGAGAAAGGACUGAACCAAGGAGAGGCUGCUGGAACAACACGGGCUCAAACACUACAGGCGGGAGGAGAGAGGACCGGGCGAGCUGUGGAAGGACAAAGUACUUGGCUACGCGGUGCUCAUUUCAACAUUUUCCAUUAUUGGCAGCGAAGAGCGCGCUCUCCGAGCCACAUUUAUAAGGAGAGCUAGCGGAAUGUAAUGCUAGCGGGCUAGCUAAUGUUAGCUGGCUAAUUAGCUUGUCAGGCAUCCAGGAGUCAGACGUGUGGUCUUUAUUGAAAUAGGUCACUGUUUGGCAUCCUUAAUUUCUCUAUAUUGAGUGUCUGUCACAUUUAUACCAUUUCAAUUGGCACUAUGUUCUUGUUUCGACAAGCAAAUGGAAACUUUGACAACAAAGUGUAAAUGCUGCCAGUAAUAAUAUAUUUCUAGAGCAGUUUUGUGUGCGUGUUUUGGGAAAGGGCAUUUUACAUUUGGGGUUGUGGACUAUUACAAAGGAACGCUACGCAAAGACAUUUUGACUGGAGACUGUCUGCUGUCCAAUGUUAAUGUCGACCGACGUUGCAUCUUUAAUGCUUCCCGUUAGUCGGGGAAUAAUGGACCGGGAGAGGGACAUUGAUACUGCGGCUGGAGCCCAUGCAAGCGCGACCGGGGUCCCAGCAGCUGUGCGAGGCAUGAAGAGGGGAGACCCGGAGCCUGACGCGCAGACAGCCGCUGCCCUCACUGACCUGGCCGGGGCGGAGUGCAAAAGACCCAGGAUAGAUCCAGGCACCGGGGCUGUUGUUGGAGACAUAGGACAGAACAAUGAGCCUUUAAAUCCUGGUUUCCAUGGAUACCCACCUCACAGUCAGGGCUCCCAGGAUUCGACAGGAGGACAGGAAGGACUGGUAGCUCCGCCUUUUGCAGCGUUCCCCCCUCCGCCCCCACCUCAAAACGGCCUACCCGGGACAGAAUUCGGCCCCGGGGCCAUGUUUGGUGCUGCGGGCCAGGGCACAGCAGAAGUAGGGGCCAGUGCGAAUGGGGCCAACGGUGCUGCUACUACAACAAACAAUAAUGUCAAGACAGACGAGUCGUCCCAAGGAGAGGCGGGGGUGCAGUGUGGGACAGGGGGCUCGGCAGGAGCAGGAGGAGGGUCCCCAGGAGAUUCAGAGGCCAAAGGCGCUCCAAAAAGGCUCCACGUCUCCAACAUCCCCUUCAGAUUCCGGGACCCAGACCUCCGGCAGAUGUUUGGGCAAUUUGGGAAAAUUCUUGAUGUAGAGAUUAUUUUCAACGAGAGGGGAUCAAAGGGUUUUGGCUUCGUGACAUUUGAGACCAGCGCAGAUGCAGAAAAAGCCAGAGAAAAGCUUCACGGCACACUGGUGGAGGGCCGUAAGAUUGAGGUGAACAAUGCCACAGCCAGGGUGAUGACUAACAAGAAAAUGGUCAGCCCCUAUCCAAACGGAGAGGCUCUCAGCGCACUGCCUUAUGCAGGUUGGAAAUUGAGUCCCAUGGUGGGAGCAGUGUAUGGCCCAGAGCUCUAUGCAGUGCCAGGGUUCCCGUACCCAUCGGCAGCUGCUGCAGCGGCCACCACAGCAGCAGCAGCAUUCCGCGGGGCGCACCUCCGAGGGAGGGGCCGGCCCGUUUACAGCGCUGUGCGGGCUGCGGUGCCCCAAGCCGCCAUCCCCGCCUACCCCGGUGUGGUCUAUCAGGAUGGGUUUUACGGCGCUGCAGACUUGUAUGGGGGCUAUCCCGCUGCUGCUGCGGCCGCCGCCUAUCGCUACGCCCAACCAGCUGCUGUAACCGGGGCAACCGCCGCAGCCGCCGCCUACAGCGACAGUUAUGGCAGAGUGUACACUACAGACCCCUACCACGCUUUAGCCCCAGCUGCUGCUGCGUACGGAGUGGGAGCCAUGGCCAGUUUAUAUCGGGCGGGCUACAGUAGAUUCGCUCCGUACUAAACCACAAAAUUUCAGAGGAAUUUCCCACGGCUCCAAAACACAAACCCGUUUUCCGGCUCUUUCCUUUGGCGAGAACUCCCUUCCAUUACCCCGCCGACGGACUCUAGUGGCAACUCGUGUCGUGGUUUUUUCCUCCAUUUUUUUGCCUUGUUUUUAUGUGGCAGAGAGGUCACUGCCACAUCGUCAACUCGCCUGUCCCUGUGCUUUUUAUGUCUCAACGUCAACACGGAAACAAUGGAAAAACUGCCACGUGAAAAUAGCCAGAGCUUAGUUUCGUCGGACCUGGGGCACUACUAUCAUGGAUUUUCUUUUUUAGCAGCAGCAGGACUACAGGACAGCGAGAGACUUGAAUCUGCACACUACAACCUAUUACAAAACACUAUAUCCACUGCCCUAUUGUACAGCUCAACUCCCAGUAAACGGUUUCCACUACAUUUCAAAGUGUCGGCUAGUGCGAAAAUGAAAGGAACUGCCACGGCCCACUUUACGAAGGUACUUAUCGUUUUGACACUACAUCCCUCAGAUUGAAGUUGAAUUAAGGUGAAUAAGAAAUGGACAGAACAGAUAAUGCUGGACUUUCUGUUAUGAACUCAUCUUGAAGAAAACCACUGUUGUCAACACUAAUUAACGCAUGAGAAGUAGUCUUUCCCCCCAAAAAAAUUUGUACAAAAUAAUUCCAAACUGAUGAGGAAAAAGUGACUGGUGUUUCUGCGUUACUUCACUUUUUUGCCAUGAAAAAGGUGCGUAGAUUCAUGUUGUCCUUGCUCACUUCACAGAGGUCUCCCAGUGCAACAUAAGCUAGCCCUCUCAGCGCUGAUGCAACCUUUUUCCAUUUGGAGGCAACCUAAAGCCUGUCCAAGCAGUUGGUAUCUCCACAGAUCAGCCUUUUCCUUAAAAGGAUUCAACUCUCCGCUUAGGACACAGCCAGACAUUCCAGUUAGCAGCCUUGUAGUAAUGAGCGGGUCACAUGGACGACCCAGCCGAAUGACGGAGAUUUGAAAGUAAGAACACCCACAAGGGGAGCUAAUCAUCUGCCAGUCAGCCAAAUGGAAAUAUGUCCCAGCCAAUUGAGAUGUAUUGAGAUAUUUCUGCCUGCGGGCUUUGGGCAUAGUAGCGUUCAUCAGAUGUGCACUCCAUAUAACCGAAAAUCCCAAUAGAGCAGCCUGCACUCGAAAUGGCCAAUCAAAAUGAUCAAGUCUAAUGAGGCUUACAGAAUCUGUGUGGCAAAUGUGUCUUGCUUCAGUAAUUAAUUUUAAAAUAGUCUUGUCACAGGACAGCACAUUCUGUUAUAAGUUUAUCAUCAUGCUUUCUAAAUUUGCAAAUGGUUUUAUCCAGCUGCAGAAAAAGGACUGUCUAUGUCAUGUAACACAUUUCUGUAUACUACUCUCCUUUAUACUGUUUUACAUUUUGUCUUUUUGGUUCCAAAGAUUUUCUGAAAAAAAGCACAUUUUUGGUAAUAAUUAUGUAUCUCAUAUUUCUCAUUACUUUUGCCUUCACUUUUUUUAAUGUUUUCUGCCUUAGUUGGGUGAAGCAGCCGGGGAAAUGUCAUCGAAAAAAAGGACAUGUUCAAAAGGUUACAGUAAUUUAGCAAUUCUGACCCGCAAACAAAUUGGUCCACUCAUUUUAAUAAUUGGCUUUUUUGUGUGAAAGCCAAUGUGGUGCAGAGAAAGGGAAAAUCCGAGCCAUGAGGGACCCAAACGGUAGCGGAUAUUUAUUCAUUCACGUUCGCCCCGAGGUAAACGGGAGGAAAAUGUCCAGUCAAUGUCGAGAGGGCGUGCGGGAGGGGGGGGGGGGCUCUGCAGUGGUCACCUUUUGCAACAAUGCACCCAAGUGUGUGUGUGCGGUGCAGGGACUACCACAGUGAAGGUGACAAGCUGAGCCAUUAAUCAUUCUCUGACAGGACAGCCACGUUCCCCACUGUCUUUUUGUGUCGGGGCACGGACAGAGUCAGGGGGAGUGAUGUUAUUGUGCGAUCGUGAAAAAAAAAACUAAACAGUGUGCAGUAGGUCCAAUGAGUAUUUUUUGACACGUAUACCUCUUUUUUUGGUCUUUAUUAUUCCUUAAAAGUAUUAUCAGAAGUGUUGCUAUGCAUGCUUUUGUGAGAGGAAAGGGUUUCACUUGUGCAUGAAUUUCGUAAUGCUGGAGGACUAUUGGGGGAGUUGACAAGGCAGCAGGGGAGGACUUCACUACACCGGACAUUUUGGUAGUAGUAGAAAGUACAGUGGCAGCAGAUUUACUCCAAUAACCCGAGUUAUGAUCCCUCUGUGCCCUGGCAGUAAUCACCACUCAUAAGAUAUUUAAUUUGGUAGCACUGCUGACCCACUGUUUUGUAAUGAAAGCCAAAUGAAGUAGGCCCACUCAAACACAUAACGUCCUAUAGGCAGUCUAAUUGUAAAGCUUAAUUAUCCCGGGGGGUUGCGAGCGUAGGCUUAAACAGGUGUAUGGAAGUCCCCCUCAGCUGCCAGCCCGUCCUGACUCUUAGCCGCUGACCCUUGGCUCCCUGCACUGUGCUCAAGUCAACCCAAUGGGAGUUUUUGUAUAGGGAUUUACUAAGUGGUUUUGAAUUGCAUGUGUGCGUUUUUUCAUGUCACAUGCUCCAAAAAGACCAUACCCAAGUGAUGAUAUAUUUUUGUUUUCGAUAAGUGAUGUAUUUUCACAAUGUUUUACUUUGCCAUUCUUGUGUCUGCCUUCAGUUUAUUCCCUUUCAUUAUUAUUGAAUGUAUAUACUAAAUAAACUGUUUGGUUUUUA